CUCUCGAUGGACAAGUACGAGGUGGUAAAGGAUCUUGGUUCGGGAAAUUUUGGGGUUGCUAGGCUCAUGAGACAUAAAGAGACCAAAGAUCUUGUUGCCAUGAAAUACAUUGAGCGUGGUGCUAAGAUUGAUGAAAAUGUGGCAAGAGAAAUUAUCAACCAUAGAUCGCUUCGUCAUCCUAACAUUAUUCGAUUCAAGGAGGUUGUAUUGACACCGACACAUCUAGCAAUAGUGAUGGAGUAUGCUGCUGGUGGAGAGUUGUUUGAUCGUAUAUGCACCGCUGGCCGAUUUAGUGAGGAUGAGGCGAGGUACUUCUUCCAACAAUUGAUCUCCGGGGUCUCUUUCUGCCACUCAAUGCAAAUAUGUCAUCGAGAUUUGAAGUUGGAAAAUACACUUUUAGACGGGAGUCGAGCCCCUCGACUCAAGAUAUGCGACUUCGGUUAUUCAAAGUCGUCCCUUUUACAUUCGAGACCCAAAUCAACUGUUGGAACUCCGGCUUACAUCGCCCCAGAGGUCCUGUCUCGUCGAGAAUAUGACGGCAAGUUGGCGGAUGUAUGGUCAUGUGGAGUGACACUAUAUGUUAUGCUUGUGGGAGCAUACCCUUUUGAAGAUCCAUCUGACCCCAAAAACUUCAGGAAAACCAUCACUCGUAUAAUGUCCAUUCAAUAUAAGAUCCCGGAUUACGUCCAUAUAUCUCAGGAAUGCAAACAACUUCUUUCACGGAUAUUCGUUGCAAAUCCUGCAAGACGGAUCACAAUCAAGGAAAUCAAGAAUCAUCCAUGGUUCUUAAAGAAUUUGCCAAGAGAGCUCAUGGAAUCGACUCAAACCAACUAUUAUCAACGUGACAACCCGACUUUUUCACUUCAGAGUGUGGAAGACAUCAUGAAGAUUGUGGCGGAGGCAAGAAACCCCCCGCCAUCAUCAAGAUCCAAAGGGUAUUUUGGUUGGGGAGCAGAAGAAGACGAUGAAAAAGAGGAUGAAGUUGACGAAGAAGACGUAGAAGAAGAAGAAGAUGAAUAUGAAAAGAGGGUGAAAGAAGUUCAUGCUAGUGGUGAAUUCAAUGUCGUUUAAGCAUAUAUAAUUAUAUAUGAUAUAUUGUAUUAUGAUUUUAAAC